AUGGAACUCACGUUUCCUUCUUUUGACGAGAAAAAACUUCCCGAUGAAAUUAAAAUUAUUCGGCCAACAAACAAACCACAAGAUACUGUCACUUUGGAUCGGAUCACAGGCUCACUUAUUGGUUUGGCAAUAGGCGAUGCACUGGGAGCAAGCGUAGAGUUUCGACCUCAAUCAUAUCUAGCCGCUUAUCCUGUUACUGGCAUGAUGGGUGGAGGUACAUGGGGUUUGAAAGCAGGUCAAUGGACCGAUGAUACUUCAAUGGCUCUAUGUCUUGCUUCAUCACUCAUCACUAAAAAAGACUUUAAUCCUUAUGACCAGUUAGUUCGCUACAAAUGGUGGUAUAAACAUGGGUAUUUAUCGUCUACAGGUCACUGUUUUGAUAUUGGUAAUGCAACACGUGCGUCGUUGGAAGAGUUCUAUGCUCGUCAGAUGCAACUAAAGAGAGAGUUUGGCUAUAAAACGGAAUAUGAAAUCGACCAGUUGCCGCUGAGUGCCAUUAAAGACGCGCAAUUUAAUGUCAAUUGUAGUAAAAACGAUGCUGCUGGAAAUGGAGCGCUCAUGCGUCUUGCUCCUGUGCCACUUUUUUUCUACCAGACACCUCAGUCAGCUGUCGAAUUUUCAGGUCAAAGUGCUCGUCUUACACAUGGAGACGAUGUAGCUUUUGAUGCAUGCCGAUACUAUGGCGCUUUGAUAGUUGCUGCUGUCAAUGGUGAAACUAAAGGUAGUCUUCUCAGCAAUCAAUUUUAUAUUCAGCAUCAAAAUUGGUUUGGUUCAAUGCCUCUUCAUAAGGAAAUCGUUGAUAUCGCUAACGGAUCUUUCAAAAGGCCAGGAGGCUAUGGGGAUGGAAUCCGUGGUAAAGGACACAUUGUUCCAGCACUUCAAGCAGCACUGUGGGCAUUUUGGAGUACCGAUACAUUCGAAAAAGGUGCACUUAAUGCCGUUAAUUUAGGCGACGAUACAGAUACUACAGCAGCUAUUUUUGGUCAAUUAGCAGGUGCGCACUAUGGUUACCGGAAAAUCCCAUCAAUAUGGAGAGAGACAUUAUAUGCUAAUCAAUUAAUUAUAUGUAUUGCCGAAUGGAUACAUUACUUGGGCUAUCCAUCAAGUCAAAUAUCUAAAACGCCAACAUUGAGUAGAAGAAGAGACCGUUCCUUGUCGGUAUCAUCAAUACAAUCUGGAUAUAGGGGAAAAUCAAAAUUGAAACGAUCACAUUCAUCCGAUCACCUUGAAAAAUCGAAGAAAAAAUCCCAUCAUAAUUUGUCCAGAUUUUUAACAAAUCUUGUUGUAUGUGGCCGUCGGAGUGCAGACCAUAACUGA